AUGGAAUUAUAUGGACAGCCUGCCGGCGACGCUUUGGAAGAUGCUGCAAGCUAUGUACAACGGUCAAUUCUAAAAAUCAGUGAAGAUUCUGAUUUGUACUACAAAUUAAAAUACGACCCGUACCAACCAGACAGAGUAUCAAUAUCUGGCCUUGCUACGGGAGAUUAUCAACCACUGAAUGACCUGGAGAUACCGGAAUUUGUUCAUAGUCAUUUGAAGCCCAUUCCACAGGAACUGAAAGAUCAGCUUAGCAGUACACAAAGCAUCUGCACAAUGGGUAUAUUACCCGAAAUUGGACGUGCUUAUAUGACAAUUGAUGCCGAUCUGUAUGUUUGGAAUUAUGAAGAUAGUUCGGAUUUAGCUUACUUCGAUGGGAUACCUAAUACAAUUACUAAAGUGGCAAUUGCGAAACCGAAAGUUGGGGUGUUCCAGAAACACAUUCAUUGCUUGGUUAUUGUUGCGACAACAAAAGAAAUUGUAUUAUUGGCAGCAAGCUUCACAAAUAGUAAUAGAACAGUGACAGAUGUAUCCUCUUUGCCAGACGAUUUUAGGCAAGCUGAUAUGUAUCUCCUUCCAGAUGCGCUUUUCAAGGUUCCAAUUGACGACACAACUAUAUCGGAUAUAAUUGCAACAUCAAACGGCCGUAUUUUUUUCACGGAAGAGGAAGUUUUGUGUGAGCUUGAUUAUCAGGAUAAAGGUUGGUUCAGUCGUCGUUGUCGUAAGAUAAAUCAUUCCAAAAGUUUUAUUAGUUAUUUUUUGCCUUCCGUAUCUUUGAUCACAGGGAAAGAAGAGCGAUUGGUACGAUUAUGCUUGGAUGACGCUAGGCAUAUUUUAUACAGUCUUUCUGAAAAUGGUUCCAUACAGGUUUACGACUUGCAUGCUGACGGAAAUUCAGUAGUUAAGGUGGCAUCACUCAGCUACGGACAAAUUCAGGAGCUUGCUGCAGCAGAAUGCCGAUCCGUGGAUGCUUCUUUUUUCAACGACAUUGUGGGUAUUAAUCCAAUCUCUUAUACGCAAUCUCGCUAUCUGCAUCUUAUUGCAACGACAAGAAAAGGUGUUCGUUUAUUCUUUAGCUGUUUUCCACCAGCACCAAAAAAUGUUUAUCAGGUGGCUUCGAAAUCAUCCUUGAUGAAUUGGAUGGAAGGCAUGAGACCUAGUUGCUUGCGCUUGAAACAUGUCCGUUUACCUCCAGGGUAUGGUAUUUCGCCAGUUUCCUUCCACCCGCUCUCUAUUUACGAUACUUUUUAUUCUCAUGAAAUUGCUAUAAUGGCUGGCGAAGCUGGCAUCGAUAUUUCCAAUCUCUCGAUUUUUUGUUCAUCAAACUUUCCAACUUCUGAAUGUCUUACAGAGAAUGUGACACAGUUACGCCUUAGAAGCUUGGUAAUGACGAUAACAAAAGCUGUUUCCGGAGCACCUUUUUCUACACCUGCAGACUCCCGUCACUCAACAAAUCUUUCACUUUUUCGAGAUACACCUGGAAAAUUCAUUAUUUUAUGUGAAAAGGGAAUACAAAUCAUUGAUCAUCGUGCUCCCAUUGAUAUGUUGCGUGAUAUUCUCCUGCAGUUCGGACCUGAUUCAUCACAUGCUAGCUACUUUACACAGUUGCAUGGAGUAGUUAAUGUUGGCGAUAUGAUUCUCACGAUUCUUUGCACAGAGUUAGGAGCAAGCAGUACAGUGAAGAGCUCAGCUUUAAGGUUGUUUUUUAUGUUGGGCAAUGAAAAGGUCCGGAAUAGACAUUUGACAUCACCUAUGCCUACGAACAGUUUGAGCCAGUUGUCAAACAUUAGCAGCGGGUCAUUUUCUGAUAUUUCUAUGCAUAUUCGCUCUCCUCUGUUCUCGUCUACUCCGCAACAACAAAGACGUCUUGCUCAGCCGUCAGGAGAAUUUUUUUUGGAAGCACAUUAUGAUAACGAACUUUCUGCAUCCAGCGAGAUUCAAACAUAUGCAUCAAUGAGUUGCCGACAUAAUGCACUAUUCCUUCAUUUUUCCCGAAUUGUUGAAAAUUUUUGGACCAAAGCUUUAUGCCAGUUGCUUCCAGACAACAAACUUGUUAGUGUGUAUGCCGUUGAUGAGCUGCAGUGGUUACUAAAGCAGCUAACACCAUUCAAAAAGGUCAUUGACGACUACGGUUUGAUUGGGAAUGUUCAGGAAUAUGUUCAACCACUCGUAAUAGAUAGAAAUACUUCAAGCUGCCACACCGAAGUGGCAUCGCAUUCCGAACGUCGUUCAUUAUUGGGUUUCCGUCAACUGUUAUCACUAACAAUAGAGGUGCUAAUAUUAUGGAAAAUCUUGUGUGAGCAUCAAUUUCACGUUAUAACAGGCCUUCUCAGUAUACAAACUCGAAGCUCUUUGGCUGUCACAAGUCUCUGCAAUAUAGUAUUGAGUGGUCAACAGUUGUGUGCCGAUUUGAUAACAUGUCUGGUUCGACAUUAUUUGGGUGAUAAUGCAGCAACUACUGUGUUAUGCAAAGAACUGCGUGAUUGUUGUCCCUCACUGUUUUCUGUAGAUGAUGCUAAUACAACGAAGGCCACAGAGAUGAUCGAGGAAGUGCGCCAUUUACCUCCAUGUUCUGCACGAACAGAAAUAUUGUCAGAAGCCGUGAAACUAUUAAAAAUGGGAAUUCAGAAAAUCAGUUUGCCAAUGAUUUGUCAACUUCUUUACGAGGUUGAUUAUGUGGAAGGGAUAGUAGAUUUGGCAUUAGAACGAGCAGAACGUGAUGAUACAAGGUUAUUAGCUGUAAUGGCAUACAGAAAUUAUUGCGGGGAAAAUGAUGUAUUUGCACAAGAGGCAUUUGCAAGAAGGAAAGAUGCUUAUAAGUGUAUAAUUGACACUUUGGAUCGUUUAAUGAAUGAUCAAAAAAUUUCGAGUACAGCAGAUCUACUUAAUCCUUCGAAAGAUCUCAUCAUCCGAAAAGUUCUGGAAUCGAAAGAUGAACUUGCAAAUGUAGCCAUUUUUAAAUGGCUUCUGGAUAACGAUUUUAGCAAUGUUGUUUUACAGAGUAAAUCUCCGUUCUUAGAAUCAUUCCUUCAUCGUUGUGUUGAAGAAGGUGGUUCGAGUCGUUAUUUAGAUCUUUUAUGGCGAUUUCAUGAACGCAACGAUGAUCAUGUAAAAGCAGCUCGCCUUUUAUACCAACUUGCUCAACGCGAAACGGAUGCAUUUGAUAUUCAACGUCGUGUUGCAUAUUUGUCGCAGGCUGCAGUUUGUGUUCAAUCAGCAGGUCCGCAAGUUGACAAAGAUAUCGAAUUACACGAUCUGGUACUAGAAAUACGGGACAAACUUGAUGUUGCUCAAAUUCAGCUUGCUGCAAGGGAUUUGGUACUUUCGAUGCCGCAAACUCGUGAAACAAUUAGAGCCAGAAAUAGUCUUGAAAAGCAAUUGUAUACGGUGCAGGAACUUUUCGAGAGGUUUGCUAUUCCGUUGGAUUUGCCGGAAAUCAAGCUUGCUCUUUGUUUUUGUUCAUCAACUUACAAUGAAGAUGCCAUCGAAGAUUUCUAUACUGAAAUAAUUGACAGAGAGUUGCUUUUAUCUGAAAAUGAAUCGCGUGAAAUACGCAUUCAACAUUUAGGUAACCGAAUAGCUAGUUUAGCGAAGAAGUAUUCGAUGGUACCAAAAUAUUAUCCUCUCGAAAUAAUCCUGUCGAAAUUGUUGAGCAGAGGAAUGCGCGAAGGCUUCUCACCUUCGUUUUUUCAUUUCAUUGGCGCAAAAAUCGAUGCGCCGCUAAAUGUUAUGGUUGAUACAUUGUCGGCUACGUUCAGGAGAGAUCCUUUUUAUCACAAGAAUAAUACGGCAAAUCGUUACUUAAUGCGGUCAGCAUUACAUGUUAUAACUGAGUUUGUGGAAAAUCCUUCUUGUAUUUAUCGGCAAAACAGGACGGCACUGGCUAGCAAAUGUUUAGAUUUAAUAGCGGCAUUUUUGAUAAAUCUUUCGCAGGCUGAAUUCAUUGUUUCUGAUCAGAAAAAACUUGCUGAAACACUGAAAUCUUUGCAAAAUGUGUUGGAAAAUAUGUGA